AUGCAUCAAACAAAUAUCCUGGAGCGCAAUCAGCAGGUCAGGCAAAUGCGCCGUAUUUAUGAGAAGGCAAAAGCCGUACUAACCUGGCUUGGACCGGACACUCCGGGUCACUUGGCGAAAACUGCAACGGAUUCGAUUCGAGUGAUUUCGGACUUCCUCUGUGAGCAUCUAAAUCUCCAAAUCACGAACCUAAGUACCAGGAGCAACGUGUACCACGAAAUCCUGUACGAGAACCGCCAUGCUCUUCCACCGCCCAACGAAUGCGACUUCAGCUCUGAUGCCACUUGGCAGGCCCUUAUCUGGUUCUAUUCUCAUUCUUACUUCACCCGCUUAUGGAUCAUCCAAGAAAUAAACGCCAGCACAAACCGCAUUGUCCAUUGCGGCCGAGAACAGAUCGAAUGGGAUCAUGUAGAUCUCGUCGCAGGCUACAUUAUCAUGGACACUGCAUUCUCAAACGACUUUGGCUUCUCCAAAACGCACUGCUGGUGGACAGCAACCGUGACAACAGAACGCAUGCGCAACCCUGAGAAUUGGCUCUCACUGCUUUAUCUAGCCUCCAACUUUGCUUGCCAGGACGACCGAGACAUGAUCUAUGGCCUCCGAGGGCUGAUGAACUUGCCUGAGCCUAGCGAUCAAGCAACUCUGCUGAAUCCUAACUAUGCCAAAUCAACAGUCGAGGUCUUCCGAGACUCAGUGGAGGCGGCGUUCCUUGAUUUCCGGAACACGGACGUCCUGCUAUAUCUCGUUGGCGAUGAGUCUCCUUCGUGGAUCCCCCGCUGGGACCGACCAAUGCUAUUCCGCAAUCCAUUUCGUUUCGGCAAGUCACUGCCCUGGAAACCCGCUGGCGACAGCAAACCAUUAUGCAAAAUUGACAAGCUGCUAAACAUUCUGCAUGUCUCGGGGGUUUUUAUCGACACCAUAAAAUCAGUCUCUCCAUACAAUGAGCGGUACUUCAGCAACGCCAUUCUCAAAACUGACGAAGGCAGGAAUGAGCUGCAACAAGCGUGGCCCAAAAUUCUCACCAUCUUGGCGGACAGUCAGCAGCCGCCAUCUUUAACCGUAAGCGCAGCGCUCCUCACAGCAGCUGCAACCGCUUUCUCCUUCGGCCUUGACGCCGAUGCAAACCCUGCAGAACCGCAGUAUCUCCUGUACAACUUCAUCUCAUACCUUUGUCUUAUCCUUCCUCCCGAAAUAUACGCCCGCCACAUCCCAUCUGACCUCUCCGAAGCUGCCAAUGCCAAUGGCAAUGGGCAGGACUUCGGCAAACCGGUCUGGGAUUUCGCUUAUCCUGACUCCGGCUUCUUCGUUACCUCGGCUGGCCUGGUGGGAUGUUCGGUGUGCGUGCCACAGCAAGGAGAUGUGGUGGUCGCGGCGUUGGGAAGUACGUACCCCUUCGUCGUUCGACCACGGCUGGGCGGGGCACAGUGCUUGCUAAAGGGGUAUGCUUAUGUAAAUGGAGUCAUGAGGGGCGAGAGAGCAGAGGAUGGUGAGAUGAGAACGUUUGAAUUCCAUUGA